AUGUCCGCCAUUACGCGCAGCUCAAGCUCCUCCCCCGAUGUCCUAGGCCCGCCAGGCGACGCUGAAUACCUGAUUUCGUCUCCGAUCAAGCCCUUUACCGGUCGCCAAAGCUUCUACUCACCUGCAUUCAGCGCACGCAAGCCAACUCCUGCAAAACGACCACGCCUGAGCCUCAGCCCGACGAAGAGUGCGCAUUCGAUCCGAUUCGACGAUAUCUCCCUCCCCUUGAAGGACCAACAGGAUGGAAACGUGAGUCCGUGGCGCAUUCGAGUCACACUCGAGGCGACGCAGGACGAGGAGAAUGAGCGCGAAAUGCAGCUUAGCCCGUCGCGCAAACGACACCGACCGACGACCGUUACAACAAUGGUCCCCUUGAAAGAUGGCCGUAGUCCAUUGGCGGAGAAAACACCGUCGAGAUCGCGCGGGCGUCCGCGCAAGUCAGACGCUAAGCCGCUCAAUGGAUCACCUUGGCCAGCUAGCCCUGGGAAUACACCAGGUCGACCAGGAGAAACACCGAAGAGAAAGCCAGGCCGACCGCGGAAGAAUACACCUAGGCCAGCUAUACAGGGUUCGCCCAUGAUUGAGGAUGAGGCAUCACCAGCUCCGGAGCCGCUGCAUCUUCUUGAGACUGAAGAGGAGCCUCAGAUCCAAUUCAGCCCAAUGGAUAUUGUCGAGGAUAGAAGCGUUGAGCCAGUGCGAAAUUGGAGUCCGCUCAAUAUUGCAGAAAAUGGUGGCUUGGAUAGCGACUCACUUGGAGCGGAUGAUUUGCCCGUCGCAGAUCUAACUGGGCCAAUGCAAACGAAUAGGGCGCACUUGAAUACAAGCGCCACUCGGGAAUAUGGAAGGACCACAUACGACACGCCUAUUAUUACAGAACAGCAAUAUCUCGGCAAUGAGGAAAACAUAAACUCAACCCCGUCAAAAAUGCCUUCGCCGACCCGAGAAAGGCGAUCCUCAUCAGUCAGAUCGGCACGCGAUGCUGGCAUGGCCUCGUCGCCUCGAACGUAUCCAACCCCAACCCCAACUUCCUCGCUGGCCGAAGAAGAAAACCAAGCGCGGGAGGCACAGGGACAACAAGAACGGGAAAAUGAUGAUCGCCAGCCCCUCUCCGACCCGACGGACGAACACGAAGAAUUCGACUCGAUAAUGGAAAGCGAAGGCUUUACCAUGGUGUCUUUGGAUACUCUCCCUUCAGCUCAGCAGUUCGGAUUAGGCAGUAAUGCUAGCAGAGCGACAGACAAUGCUGCGAGAGUCUUACAAGAUCGACACAAUGGACGAAUUGGCGAUCGGCUGAAGCGCAAACUCCCAGGAAUUAGUGAUCUCCAGAGUGAUAACCAUAGCUCAACCAGGCCCAGCCCUGUAACCAAUGGUUUGUCUCCAGGCUCUCGACUUUCCUCGCACGCCCGCCAGGAACUGAAUGGUCCAGCCAAACUCUCUCCUGCGGGACCUGUCUCCUACCCUGAUCUCCCUCCAACAUCUUCACCAAGGAAAGAACAACCCCAAUUCGAAGAAGAGGAAGAGGCGAGGUCAGGAAUUUCCCUCGAAAAGGAGCCAAUUCCCCUAGAUGAUAUUGAGGAAGAGAGUGAAGAUAUCGAGGAGGAGGGCGAGGAGGACGAGGAAGAAGAAUUGGACGAAGUGCAUGUGAUACCCAAUUCGUCCCAACUUGAACGAGAAGAGAUUCCUCAAACCGACACGACAGAUAGGAUGAGGUCGCAACGAGAGGCUGAAUGGCACGAGGAGCGACAAGCUGUCAGCCGAAAUGCUCAAGAUGCUCUCGAUUCCAACCGCAUGAUUUACAUCGACAGCGACCAAAAUGCCUCUGAAGAUGAAGGAUUGGAAGAGGACAAUGAGCACAGCGAUCACCUACAGUCUGAUUUCGGGUCCAUCGGCGAGGAAGAUCACAGGCAGCCCGGUGAAUUUGAAGAAGACAAUGCGUUUAGCGAUCAUCUACAGUCUGAUUUCGGGUCCAUCGGCGAGGAGGAUCGCAGGCAGCCUGAAAUAUUUGAAGAGGACAGACCUUUGAGCGAUCAUUUACAGUCUGAUUUCGGGUCCGUCGGGGGAGAAGAGCGCCGGGAGCCGAAAAGAUUUGAAACCAUAGAUGAGCAGGAAGAGCCUGAGGGCUUCGAGCAAUUUGCUGACGAAGAGGUUGCUGGCUCUGUCGACCCUGAGAAUAUCGGUUAUUCAAAACCGGGACCUGUUCUCUCCAGUCCCUCUUCCACGAAAUGGCCUUUAUAUGACGAACCCAAAGUUUCAGAUGGCGAGGACAAUGGCUAUGAUGAUAUUUGGCGCCAGGAACCCGAAUAUCCAAAGCUUGAAACACAACAUGUACAUGAGCCCGAGCCCGAGCCAAUCGCCAACUAUGAAACGGAAAUGGAAGACGAAGAAGACGGCUUUGACGACAUCUGGCAACAAGAAGCCCGUGACAACAGCUAUCUCUCGCAUCAUUCGGACAACCAACUACAGCGACCUGCCGAAGAGGCUGCUAGCCCUUGGCGACAAAUUGCGGCAAACCCUUCGUCUCAAAAUCAUCUCAGCUCCUCGCCAGCUUACGUGGACCUAGAAAGGGAUGACCUGCGUCAUUUGAACCAAACACAAAUCCGCAAACUCCGUGAACGCGAAGUAGAUCUUUCUGCCCUUCUCGCAGCAGAUGAUACGCCUAAUCGCGCAAGAUACUACAACGGGACAAGCACCCCCCGAAGUAUACUACGCUCUGCUACACAGCACUCAUCUAUCAAUGGCUCUGCUCUGAAAAGCCAGUCAGGAAAUCCUGGAAAACGAGUUCGCUUACAACCGCUCUCUCAAUCUCCCGAAAGAGAGCCAGAAGACGAACAGGAAUCCCCCAUUUUCCGACAUAACUACUCCCAACAAGAAGCUCACAUCAACGAUGUGGAGGAGAUUGGUAGCGUUUCUGAUGGAGCCUCCAACGAGGCCGAACCGGCACAUGGGGAUAUAACCAUCACCCCGCAACAUCAGCGCCAGUCAGACGUGGAACCCCAGGGGUCAUCCUGGUUCCAACGAAUCACCAGUCUUACACCUAGAUGGCUCAAGGCCCCUGCUCAUUCCGAAGAUGACGAGUCUAGCUCUGUUUCUGAAGAUGAUCCUAGGGAUGGCUCUGAAGAUGAGCCGGAAGAUGGUCAAGUUGACCAGGGCGAACUUUCCCUCCAAUCACCUCUCGAGGUUGAAAGGACACCUCAAUCAAUAGGUCUCGAACAAGGGCAUGGCGAGGCUGUCUCUUCAGUGGAAGAAGAAGACGAGGACGAGGGCGGGAGGAGCCGGUUUGAUCGGAGCAUCUCAAGCGAACUUGUCGAAGAUAACCCUGCAAAUAUGAUCGAAGAGGAGCACGACUCGCCGAAAGGGCCGAGGCCACUCGCCGUGUUUGGCUACUUCUCCAAUGACCACUACCUGGCUCUUCGGCGCAUCUACCGAAUCGCGAAACGCCACCCCGAGCGGUUCCCCCUACUAUGA